UUGCUGUGUAUUUUUUUUUUUUGCUAUUUUAAAAUGGAUUUUGAUAGCAAAUACUACAAAAGUCAAGUAAAUGGCACUAUUUCCAUAAUUACGCGCAAAGUCCUUGAUGAAAAUCUGAAAUCCUUAUUGGAGGAGGGAGAGGGUGAGCUGUUCCUCACGUGCAUACCAAGGAAUAAAAGUUGUUCUCCGGAAUGGAUUGUGGAAGUGGCCAGCGAACUGGGUGAAGUUUACAUUCUGCGCUAUAAGAUCGAUUUUUCGGGAAAUUCUCGCGGCUACGCCUACUUGCAGUAUAUCAAUGUGAACCUCAAGGAAUCGGCAAUGGAAUAUCUGCCAAUGCGAUUCCGACAGCUUUGCCUGCCCUUAAGGGUGGAGCCAUCGACCAACAACCGCGAGCUGGUGCUGGAAAAUGUGGAAUCGUCGCUUCGACCAUGGCAGGUGUACCAGGAGAUGUUGAAGAUACAUCCCUUCACCAUCCUUCGAGUCUACGAGUAUCAAUUUGACAAGUUCUUCUAUAUAUUUGGGUACCGCAACAACGACUCGGCCGCAAGUGCCCAUCAGAGAGUAAGGAAUGUGAUCAAAAAGUUCGGCGCGCAUGCGCACAUCUCAUGGUUGACUGCGGAGAGCAUCUUGAAGAGAGGCAGCGAUAGCUCAUGUUUCCAACAGGAACUAAGCCACAAUCUUACUCGACGCGUUCCUCCCAGACAUAGGGGCUGUUUCAAGUUUUGAACGGAAGUGGUAGAAUUAUCAAGUAUGUCACUUUAUUGGUUGAUUCAACCAAAUCUAUAAGACUCAAAGUUUUCAGAUUGUACUACGUGUAAGUAGGACCAAAAUGCAUAAAAUACUCUUAAUUAUAUUUUUUCUAUUGCUGAAUACGUUUUUAAGUAAAAUAAGAGUACUCUUAAAUAAGAAAACCAUUUAUAUAUGAA